AUGGAGUCAGGCACCGUCCUCCUCCUCCUCCUCGCCGGGGUCCUGGCCCAGCGGGCAGAGCUGAGCACCGCGCCAGACAAUGAGAAGGGGGCCAUCACCAAGCGGGGCGAGUGCCCCCCAGACAGCCAGGAGGGCAGGAGCCCGUCCUGCCUCUACUGCCUCCUGGACGAGUCCUGCCCCGGGAUGGAGAAAUGCUGCAGCGACGGGGGCAUGAGAGCCUGCGUGCUCCCUCCCACAGUGCACCUGGGGUAUUGCCCCAAGCCAGAGCCGGGCCUGGUGACCACCUGCCUGGUGAACUGCGUGAACGACACCGAGUGCGGGCCGGGCGAGAAGUGCUGCGUGUCGGGCUGCGUGGGGGUGGGGGCAGCGCCGGCAGCAGCCGUCCUCCCUCCGGCCCGGCUCGCGGGUGCACACGGUCACCGGGACCCCGUGACCCAAAUCGGGCUGGCAGCGCAGGCUCUGCGGCCAUCCAGCGCCCGCCCGGGCACGUGCCCACAGGUGAUGGUGCACCCAAGCUCCAGACCCUGCCAGAGCCGCUGCGAGGACGACAGGACCUGCCCCAGGAACCAGAAGUGCUGCUUCACUGGCUGCGGCCUCAAGUGCGUGGACCCGCAGUGGGACGCUCGCAGCAUCGCCCAGUCCCCCGCGCCCACUGGAGGGGACUGGAGCGGGCAGCAGGAAGGUGGUGCUGAUGGGAAGCCACAGAAGCCCGGGACCUGCCCCGCUGACCCGAUCCGGUGCAUCCGGUCAUUCCCCCCGCUGUGCCAGGUCGAUGCCGAUUGUCCGGAGAUGCAGAAGUGUUGCUACAAGGCGUGCCAGUUCCGCUGCGUCCUGCCAGGAGACACGUGCCAGCUCCCCGUGCAGAAGGGGCUCUGCGACGCCUACUCCCGCCGGUUCUUCUUCAACGCCACGGCCGCGCGGUGCCAGGACUUCCUCUACAGCGGCUGCCGCGGGAACGCCAACAACUUCCGCACGCGGGAGGAGUGCGUCCAGACCUGCGAGGGCCAGGAGGAGCCCAGCCCUGGCCCUGGCCCCGUCCCCGUGGCGGGGGGCUGCGAGCGGCGAUGCCUCUAUGACCACGACUGCGCCCGGGGAGAGAAGUGCUGCAGCCUGCGGUGCCGCCGGGAGUGCGUGGACCAGAGCUCGCUGAAGCGCGGCUACUGCUCCAUCACCCCCGGGCUCUACUUCACCUACAACUGCAAAGCCACGUGCCGAGCGGACGGCGAGUGCCCCGGGGACGAAAAGUGCUGCCUCCAGGGCUGCGACUACAAGUGCAUGACCCCUUCCAAAGAGAAGCCUGGCAUCUGCCCGCUGGCCGCCCCAACAGCCCCGUGCACACACCCGUGCGGGGAGGACGACGACUGCCCAGGGGAUAGGAAGUGCUGCCAGAGCAGUUGCGGCCCGACGUGCCUGGCCCCCGAUCGAGCCAAGCCGGGCGAGUGCCCCAAGGUCAGGCCCUGGCAGACACUGGUGCCAUGUGAGGGGAACGACACGUGCACCCACGACCGGGACUGCCCCAAGCAGGAGAAGUGCUGCUUCGGCGGCUGCUUCCAGCAUUGCCUUCGCCGCAGCAGAGAGCACCCCGGCGUGUGCCCCAAGCCGUCAGCCUGCAGCACCCCGGAGGAGAGGCACCACAACCAGUGCCUGGAGGACAGCAUAUGCCAGGGACACGAGAAGUGCUGCGACACCGGCUGCGCCUGGGAGUGCGUGGCCGUGCGCAAGGGCGCAGCGUGACCCAGGAGACCCCUAUCCUGGACGGAAGGUGCCAGGGUCCCCCCUUCCUCGGCUGCUCCGCCCCGGGGCUGCUAGCCUGAGCAAUAAAGGGAACGGCUGCACCAA